UCGGUAACUGCAGUCGAAGGAAAAACUUUAUUCGAAAACUUCAGCCUCACUUUUAAGCCUCUGUCAACCGGCCCCCCAUGGCGAAGAGGCUCCAAAGCUCUGUGCUCGCAAACCCCCGUAGGCUAUCUAAUUGUGAGUCGGUUCGGAUACGCUAGGAAAUGAGGCGCUACAUAACCCCCCCCCCCCAGAACCGGCGAUACACCCCCCAAUGUCCACAGCCUGGGCCAGAACCUGCUUGGGAGGUCGGCCUCUGCGCCGAGGCGCCGGAAACUCGGCCGGUUGCGCCAGGUCCACAUGGGCCGGCUUGAGGCGGUCCACCGUGAAAACCUCCUCCUUCCCCCCAACGUCCAGCACGAACGUGGACCCGUUGUUCCGGAGCACCGUAAACGGCCCCUCGUAUGGCCGCUGCAGCGGCGGCCGAUGCCCGCCCCUUCGUACAAACACAAACUUACAGUUCUAUCACUGAGCUUCCAGGUGAGAGCUUUUGGUCAGACAUGAAGUGUCUGCAAAUUCUCUACCUGCACAACAACAUCAUUGGUGACGUGAAUGACAUUGAAGCCUUGUGUGCCUGCCCGCAGCUUACCAUUCUGACCUUGUCCGACACCCCCGUGAGCCUCUUGCCAAAGUAUCGACACUUCAUCGUCAACAACAUCUGGUCUCUCAAAGCUCUGGACAACUUUGUCAUUGCCGAUGAGGAAGUCAUGGAAGAUAAUCUGAACAGCUGCCAGUUCAGAGCUCUCAGUUACCAGUUCUUUGUUUAUCCUCCAAAGCCCCCACAGACAUCGACCUGGUGCAAUGAGAUGGAGAAUAUCCGAAAACUGAUGGCCACUGUAAACACCAUCCUGGCCCAUCACUCUCCAGUUCACAUCAUCCAGCGAUGGAUCCGUGGGCACUUCACCAGAAAGAAGCUCAGCAGGUCCAGGCACGCCUCAAACCUGAGUAAGCAAUAUUCCCUGCACUGCCAGAAGUUGAAUUUGUGUCGUAGAGGCAUCCACAUGCUGGCGGACGGCAGGAUGUGGGUAGAGGACGACACCAAGGAUGGUCGAUGCAAUGCUGUUCACUUACAGAUUGACCUCAACAAACUGCACGCCGGGGUGCUGGAGGAUCGAUAUGAAGCCAGUGAAAUAACGUCAAGGAUUGACCCACACAUCUCCCAGUGGAGCACCUGGGACUCCCCCAAUCUGAGACAUCAUCGCAAUACGUUCAAGCCGAGGAUGUACCGUCAACCAAGGUUUCACCCUAGCACAGGUAAUGGGCACUCUAUACCUCCCCUCCCUGUUACUGAUGGCAAUCUGCACCUUCACAGACGUUUGCCUGUGCUGGCCCUCUGAAAGGAAAAGAGGCCCCACAAGACCAGAGUCUUGUACUGAAACACUGUUGGCAGGAUGGACAAUCAAACUUAAGAUGGACCUUCAAACACGGGGAAAUCUGCAGAUGCUGGAAAUUCAAGCAACACACACAAUGCUGGUGGAACGCAGCAGGCCAGGCAGCAUCUAUAGGGAGAAGCGCUGUCGAUGUUUCAGGCUGAGACCCUUCAUCAGGACUAACUGAAAGGAAAGAUAGUAAGAGAUUUGAAAGUAGAAGGGAGAGGGGAAAAUGCAAAAUGAUAGGAGAAGACAGGAGGGGGUGGGGUGAAGUUGAGAGCCAGACAGGUGAUUGGCAAAAGGGAUACAAAGCUGGAGAAGGGAAAGGAUCAUGUGAUGGGAGGCCUAGGGAGGAAGAAAAGGAGAGGGGAGCACCAGAGGGAGAUGGAGAACAGACAGAGUGAUGGGCAGAGAGAGAAAAAUAAACACUAAAUAUAUCAGGGAUGGGGUAAGAAGGACAGGGGCAUUAAUGGAAAUUAGAGAAAUCAAUGUUCAUGCCAUCAGGUUGGAGGCUACACAGCCGGUAUAUAAGGUGUUGUUCCUCCAACCUGAGUGUGGCUUCAUCUUGACGGUACAGGAGGCCAUGGAUAGACAUAUCAGAAUGGGAAUGGGACGUGGAAUUAAAAUGUGUAGCCACUGGGAGAUCCUACUUUCUCUGGCAGACAGAGCGUAGGUGUUCAGUGAAACGGUCUCCCAGUCUGCGUUGGGUCUCACUAAUAUAUAAAAGGCCACACCGGGAGCACCGGACGCAGUAUACCACACCAGCCGACUCACAUGUGAAGUGUCGCCUUACCUGGAAGGACUGUCUGGGGCCCCGAAUGGUGGUGAGGGAGGAAGUGUAAAGGCAGGUGUAACACUUGUUCCGCUUGCAAGGAUAAGUGCCAGGAGGGAGGUCGGUGGGAAGGGAUGGGGGAGACAAAUGGACAAGGGAGUUGCGUAGGGAGCGAUCCCUGUGGAAAGCAGAAAGGCGGGGGAGGGAAAGAUGUGCUUGGUAAUGGGAUCCUGUUGGAGGUGGCGGAAAUUACAGAGAAUUAUACUUUGGAUCCGGAGGCUGGUGGGGUGGUAGGUGAAGAUAAGGGGAACCAUAUCCUGAGUGGGGCAGUGGGCGGAUGGGGUGAGGGCAGAUGUGCGGGAAAUGGGAGGACUAGAAUAUAAGACCAAGGACGUGAUACUUAGGCUUUAUAAAGCAUUAGUCAGACCAUACUUGGGAGUAUUGUGAGAGGUUUUGGACCUCUUAUCUAAGAAAAGACAUGCUGGCAUUGGAGAGGGUCCAGAAGAGGUUCACAAGAAUGAUUCCGAGAAUGUAAGGGUUAAUGUAUGAGGAACAUACAAACGUUUGUACAUGUGAUACACUUGGCCUGUACCCGCUGGAGUUUAGAAGAAUGGGGGGGGGGUGUGGUUCUCAUUGAAACUUAUCAAAUACUGAAUGGCUUAGAUAGAGUGAAUGUGGAGAGAAUAUUUCCUGUAGCAGGGGAGUCUAGGACCAGACUGCACAGCCUUAGAAUUGAGGGAUAUCCAUUUAGAACAGAUGAGGAAGAAUUUCUUUAGCUAGAGAGUGGUGAAUCAUGAAAUUCAUUGCUACUGACAGCUGUGGAGGCCAAGUCAUUGAGUAUACAGUGUUUAAAACGAGGUUGGUAUGUUCUUGGUUAGUCAGUGUGUCACAGGGAGAAGGCUGGAGAAUGGGGUUGAGAGGGAUAAUAAAUCAGCCAUGAUGGAAUGGCAAAACAGACUUGAUGAGCUGAGUGGCUUAAUUCUGCUCCUGUGUCUUAGUGUUUAAAUCUCUAAACCAUGGUGCCUUCAGCUAGAGAAUCAAAUGCACCGUACACCGUGAAGGAUGUGAUGGUGCUGGAGGGGGUGCAGAGAAGUUUCAUCAGAAUGUUUCCUGGGGCAGAAAGAGUUCAGCUCUAAGGAGAGUCUGCUCACCCUGGAGCAGAGGGAGUUCAGAGGCAUGAGUGAGGUAUACAAUAUAGGAUAUAAUUUUGGGUAAAAAGUGGGUAAAUUGCAGGGAUCUUUUCUAGAUUUAUGUUAAUGGUGGGAGGGGGUGGGCAGUGAUAUUUAGAGGGUAUCUGGGAGGGCAUCUUCACCCAGAGAGUGGUGAGUUCCUGGAAUACAUAGCCAGAGAAAGCAGGGUCAUUGACAGCAUUGAAGAAAUGUCAUGAAGAGCAUUUCAAUCCAUGGGCACAGAGGGCUGUGACUAAAUGCUGGGAGCUGGGAUCGACAGAGAAGGAUUCCCUGAUCUACAUUUGCAGAAUCUCUGCUGCAUAGAAUUCCCUCUGGUUGAUACGGACAAGUUAGGCCAAAUGGCUUAUUUCCACAUCGCGCAACUCUUUGACCAACAAAUCAGCUGAAAGUCAGCACUCUCAGCCACAGAGUUGUGGCCUGGCUGAUUGGGAUCUUGUGGACAGGAACUUGAAACCCUGGCCCUCUAACUCAGUGAGGAGAGAUUUUGUGUCCCAUUGUGGAGACAUCUGUGCCCUCAGAGAUAGUGGCACAGGCUCCUCUCCAGCGCUGUGAGGGUUUGGCCUGAGCCAGGUGACUAAAUACGGUGUACUGUGUG